CAGAGCUUGCCAGAACAAGAUGUCUGCAAGGCUGGAUCCCCGAGAGAAUCCGGGGUCGCGAGCGUUCCAUUGCGCCAUGUCCUGCCAACUUCGCGCCUGAGAGUACGAGCAGCCCGCUAGUGGCCAGGCAUGAUGGAUGGUGAAUCAGUAACCCAAUAGAAAAGGCUCCUGGAACUGGUUUCACUGAAUUUUUUAUGGAUAUUGUGGGGGAAAAAAAAACCAAAACAUUCUGAGUAGGGCCUGGAAUAAUGAUUGAAUUGUGAAGAGUCAGAGGGGAAAAAAAAAAAAUGGAAGAAGGCGGCUCUUAUAUUGACACCCUCAGAAUCGUCGCCCCUUCAGCCCAUGGCCGGGGAGCACGAUACUCGGAAGCCUGGGAGUACUUUCAUCUACCCUUGGCCCACUCUGGCCUCCCUGCCAGUCAAUACGCCACCUGCAGGUUGUGUGGAAAGCAGGUCAGCCGGGGCCCAGGGUUCAACGUUGGGACCACAGCUCUGUGGAAGCAUCUGAAGAGUAUGCAUAAGCAAGAACUGGAAAAGAGUGGUCACAGACAGGCCGGCCCUCGACCAGAAGCGGCGCCUCCCCUUCCACCCUCUCCGCCGGGUGUAGAGGGGGACUGGGGGCGCUUGAUGGAACAGAUGGGAGCCCUGGCUUUACGGGCGAGCCAGCGAGAGAGGGAGCUGGAGAAGAGAGAGAGGGCAGUGGAGAGGAGAGAGCGAGUCCUAGAAUUAAGGAAAAGGGCCAUUGAAGAGGAGGAGAAGGAUUUAUCCGAGAAGAGGCAGGAGCUUCAGGCUGAGAAGGAGGGACUGCAAGCCCGCCUCCUGGAAAUAUGCCAGAGGGAAAAUGCUUUGGCCCUGGCUACUGCCCCUCUGUCCACCCUGAUCAAAGAGGAGCAAGAGGAUCAUGGUGAGGGCUACUUAAUAACCAAAGUCCUUUUCUAGACCGUUGGCCAUCCUGAAGCAAAGCUGAACCCCCCAUGCUUUCUCCCUGCUUAGACAGUAGUCAGAGCGAGACAUCUUUAAACCUUUCUUGGUGUUGAUCCUCAUGAGUUUAUGCUUACUGGGCACACACAGAACAUCAGUCUAUAGCUCUUUAUAGGCAUCUCUUCAUCACGACUCUACUCUCCAGCCAGCUCCACUUCCUGGGCCCCUUGGCUCCAAGGGAGAGUUUUGCCUUAAUGUGCCAAGUCCCAGGCCUCCAUUACACUUCACGAGAGUGUCCUCACCAGGGAUAGUGCCUUCCCUGCAGCUUUUAGUUGUUGUCUUCUCUAUUAGACUGCAAGCUCCUUAAGAACAAGGAUACAAUACUUCCUCAUUUGUAUAUAUCCCCAGUGCUUAGCACACUGCAUGGCACAUCAUCAGUGCUUAGCAAAUGCUUUCUCUACUAAGGGUACAGUUUUGGAAUAUGAAGAAACUCCCUCAUGGAGGAAAUAGCCUGAGACAGAGCCAGUGAACAUUAGUACUGAGAUGGGAGGCCUUCCAGCCCUUCUGAGGCCAGAGCACCAAUCACAUACAAUGUGGGUUCAAGCCCCUGGAGUCCCGAAUAACACUGGAAGCCGCUGUGCCCAAUUAUAGAUUCUCUUCUUACGCUGUGUGCCUGUCCACAGAGCAGUCCUGUAAAGCCAGGGCCUAGAUAAAAGUUGUAUUCAUUUUGCUUCGAGUUUAGGACAAAGCCCAGGAGAUGCAUUUGGCUGGUGUCUCCUUAGUCUGUGAACUCAUCCUCCCAGACCUUUGAUUCCCCCUUCUCUUUUCAUUUGCGUCCUCACGGUCAGUCCUUUCACAAAUGCUUUUGCUGUUAUUAUCUGGUCAUGUCUGACUCAUUGUGACCCCAUUUGGGCUUUUCUUGGCAGAGGCUGGAGUGGUUUGCCAUUUCCUUCUCCAGCUCAUUUGACAUGAGGAAGCUGAGGCAAACAGGUUUAAGUGACUUACCCAGGAUCACACAGCUAAUAAGUGUCUGAGGCCUGAUUCGAACUAAGGGAGAUGAAUCUUCCUGACUUUAGGUCUAGCACUCUACUGUACCACUUAGCUGCCCAUGUUCUGACUUUUCACACUAUCGAUCUUACCACUUCCCACCCCUUCACCUUUUGUUAUUAUUUAUUUCUAUUCCUGGGCUGCCAAGAGCUUCUUAAGAAAACCACAAAAAAUGAGACCAAUACAGAUUCUUAUUCUCAAACCUUACCUGAGUCCUCGCUGCUGCUUGGCAAUCUUCUUAUUUAGCUGUUUUUUAACUUUUAUCAAAUUCUUCAGGACAGCCAUUUCACACUUUCCACAAACUCCUUAAGCCCCUACUCUUCCCCCUAUAUAUAGGCCUCUCAGCAAAUGCCUACUUCCUGCUUUAUUGAGGGCCUUCAGGUGUGAGUUCCCCCAGCUGCUUCACUUCAAAGGUCAUACUUCUCUUUAUUCUCACUUUCCUUCCUGUCUCUAGGAAAUCACUCAAUUUACAAGUAUUUAUUAAAUGGCCAGCAGCCAAGGUGUCUCAUUGGAUAGAGGGUUGAGCCUGGAGUCAGGAAGACCUGAGUUCAAAUGCAGCCUCAGACAUUUACCAGCUGUUUGACUUGUCACAUCACCUUCGUUUGCCUUAAUCCACUGGAGAAGGAAAUCACUCCAGUAUCUUUGCCAAGAAAACCCCAUGGACGAUAUUGAUGCGGUAUGGUUCAUGGGGUCACAAAGAGUUGGACAUUACUGAACAACAACAUUAAAUGGCCAACUAUGUGUUCAACACUGGGAUUACAAAGAGAAAAAUAAAACACCCUACCUUCUGAGAGCUUCCAUCCUACCAGGAAGAAAUGAGUUCCUAUUUCAUGGCUGACCUGUGUUUUUGGUCCCAUUCCCUCCCUCAUUUUCCAAGAAAAUGUCCAAUAAAUUUCUCUCCUUUCUGACAUUUCAAUCUUUUUCUACUUUCUCCUUUCCUUCCAUGUACAAAUGCAUUCAAUUCUUCUUUAUACCAAAGAAAAUUCUCAACUCUGAUAAUUGUUCCAGGUGGUAAUAUACCCCUUUCUUCCUUCUUUUCACUGCCAAACUUCUUGAAAGAAUAGUCUGUAUAUUUUUUCGUGCCUCUACUUCCUUCUAGAAUCCAUUCUAGAAUCCCUUGAAAAUUAGCUUCCAUCCCUUCUGCAACAUCUCCCAUAUAUGUCCCCUGUUUUCCAUUAUGACUGCUGCUAUUGUAGGCCUCACCUUUCCCCCCACUCUUGCCUAGACUGUUGCCUCCUAAAACAUCUCUCAGCUUCUAGCCUCUCUACUUUCUCAAAUCCAUCUUAUACAUUGCUGUCUGAGAAAUUUUAUUAAUGUAUAAGCCGCUGCCCAAAUAUUUUAGGGGUUCUCCAUUACCUCCCUAAUUGGGGUGCCUGGCCUUGGUGACCCUCUGAAAUUGGAUCCCAGUAUUUUUCAGCCUAAUUUCCUGCUACCUCCAACAAUGUAAACUUGAAGGGGGAGAUUGGGUUUUUGUAUCCGUAGAAACUAGCAUGAUGUACAUAGGAGGUACUAAGUAAGCAUUGGAUGAAUGAAUGAAGACGACUCUUCUACACACGUACCCUGUGUUUCAGUGACACUGGACUUAACAGUCAUUAACUAUUUGUAAAAGAAUCCCUUGCUUUUAUAUGAUAAAAUAGCUCAUAUAGAGCACUUAGCUUACUCCCUGGCAAUGGACUUACUAGCUUUUAUUUUAAAUAAGUCCCACCCUGCUCUGGAUUUCAGUUUCUUACUCUGUAAAAUCAAGAGGUGGAAGUAAUCCGGAGUCAUUAACCUUUUUGACAUCACGGACCCCUUUGGCAGCCUGGUGAAGCCUAUAGACCCCUUCUCAGGAUAUUGUUUUUAAAUAUGUGGGGUUACAGAGCAAACCAAUUAUAUUGAAAUACAGUUAUCAAAAUUUGGGGGGGGAGUAUAUGGACCCCAGAUUGAGAGCCCCUGGCCUAGAUGAUCUCUGAAGCUUCCUUCUACCUUUAAAUCUUAUGAUCUUAUGAUUAGGGGCAGCAAGGUGGCACAGUGGAUAAAGCACUGGCCUUGGAUUCAGGAGGACCUGAGUUCAAAUCCGGCCUCAGACACUUGACACUUAAUAGCUGUGUGACCCUGGGCAAGUCACUUAACCCUCAUUGCCCUGAAAAGAAAGAAAGAUUUUAUGAUUAGGCUAAGGACCAUCCCAGCUAAGAGCGGAGAGGUUUCUGUCCAGAUUGCCAGCUAGCUUGUGAUUUGUUUAUUAUAGCAACACAUGAGAACUGAAUACUGUGAGGGUGGAAAGAGGGCCCACCCACAUGGAUGAAAUCAUAGACUUUUCAAGUAUUGAAGACAUAAAUAGGGACUGAAAUGCACACACAUUGUUUAGGGGAAAUUUUAGUUAUAUAGAAACCUGACAGUUUUUCCAAAAUAGCUUCCAUAUGUAGAUAAUGAAAAAUCAAUAACAAAUUUUAGAAGCUGUUAUAAAUAAAUCCAAGAAAAUGUAACAAAUCGUAAACAUUUUCUGCCUGCCCUCUUCCCUGUUCUGGAGACUUUGUCCUUUCCCACUGAUGAAGGAAUGUUGAUGUUUAUUUAAAGCCCUUUAUAAUCUAGUUCCAUUCUACCUUUCCAGGCUUAUUACAUGUUUCUGCCCUCCCUGUAAUCUACAGCCUAGCCAAACUGGCCUCCCAGCUGUUUCCACAUGUGCACAGUUCUUCUGUUUCCUUCCUUGCCUUCACACAAGCAUCCCUGAGGCUUGGAAUGCAUUCUGACCUCAUCCGUGCAUUAUAGAGUCCCUAGUGUUCUAAGCCAAGUUUAAGAGCCACUACCUAAACGAAGCCAUUUCUUAUUCCCCACCCCUCACAAAUGGCUGUGCUCUCUGCCCCCCUCCCCCAAAUUGUCUUGCAUUAUUUUGUGUUGGGGGAAGGGAUGGAGCAUGCCCAGAUUCAUCAUACCUGGGUUCUAGAUGACCACGUGGAAGCUUUGGGGGGAACUUGCUUCUAGCCAUGUGUGACUCAUACUGAGGGCUUGUUCCUUGAAUAUCAAGGAGACCCCUUUUUUGGGUGUGUAUCCAGGAGACCUGAUGACUAUGGAUGCAUGAAAGGGAGCAACCCACCUCUUCAUCUCUUUCUUUGUACCUAUAGAUUAUAUUGAGACAGUCAUCUGUCAGUAUGUGGCAGCUAAAAAGCACAUCAGGCUAGGCAAGGCUGAGGCUGUGUUUGGGUGCUCCCUUAGUGUUUGUUCCUUUUUGAUCUUAGACAAAUAAGCAUCCCAAGGUGCAUAUGUCCAGGUUUGGAGGCAACCUUGUGAAACUGAGAGGUCCAGAGGCCUUGGGUGCAGUCAGGUUAGACCUGUUAACUAGUGGAAAGGGAAACUUCUUCAUCAGAGAGGACAGUCAUGGAAAAGAGGGUUUGCCUGGGUCUGGCUGUUUUACCAGCAGAAAUACUGGAAGUUGUAUAGAUGGUACAGAGCUGAGGUGAAAUGUAAAGUGCCUUAUUAGCACAACUACAGACUGCUGUCCUGAUGAAGUUUAUAUUAUCACCUUCCCAGCAAGUAGGGACAGUAGUUAUAAGUUGUUAUUGUUUUAAGUUUGGUUUAUACGUGUGCACUGUAACUCUUUAGUUUUUAACACGCCUCAUUUUUAUACAUGAGUAAACUAACUUAUCCUGACUUUAUAGUAUACAUUAAGUACCUCUCUACUUUGGGGGUGAGGGAGUCUAGAUGUGAACCAUAAUCUAAUUUACUCUAAGGAAAAACUCUCCCAGGGUGCUGGGGUGGUAGUCCUAAUGAGCCAGUGAGGGUGAAUCCAAAUUAUUAGAGGGCAGGCUCCCUAGGACUGGACCCUCUCCAUACUUCAUGCUUGGGUGUGAAGGUAUGGGACAUGGACUGGGCAUACUACUCCAGCCCAUGUGCCCUCUCAAGGUUAGAUGCAUGUUUUGUAUAUACUUAUUUUUUUUUUGGGGGGGGGGGGGAGGCAAUUGGGGUUAAGUGGCUUGUCCAGGGUCACAGAGCUAGUGUCAAGUGU